AUGCGUGUACUGGAACAAUAUAAACUCGGAUAUAUUGAGAACUUGGAGCGAAAGUGCAGCAUAUGCCAGCAAGCUCAGAGGACGCAGAGUCACGAGCCGCUUCUGCAGCAUGGGCUUCCAACCCGGCCCUGGCAAUUCCUGGGUACGGACCUAUUCUACCUGGCAGGCGAUGAAUACCUAAUCAUCAGUGAUUACUACUCAAAGUUCUCCUUUGUCAAGAAAAUUGGCGGCAGAGCCACGAGUCAGACCAUUGUGAACAUAACUAAGAGUAUCUUCGCUGAACAAGGGGUACCGGAAACCAUAAUAAGCGAUAACGGUCCACAGUUUGAUGGUCAAGCUUACAAGGUUUUCGCCGAGAAGUGGGGUUUUGACCAUGUAACAGCGAGCCCUCAUUACCCGCAGUCAAACGGGCUGAUUGAGCGCCAGGUACAGACCGUCAAACGCGUCCUGACUAAAGCCAGAGCAGCAGGAAUUGACGUAGACAUGGCAAUGUUAGUGCUCAGGUCUACUCCGAUAGACCAUCACCUCCCGUCACCAGCUGAACUGUUGAACGCGAGGAGAAUGAAAGCGAACCUCCCCACGAGGAUAUACAACAACGCACCCAAUAAGGAUGUGACCAUGCAGAGGCUUCUACAGUGGCAGGCAUCUCAAAAGGCAUAUUAUGAUGAGAAGGCCGGAGGAAGCUUGGCCUUGCUUAUCAAAGGGCAACCCAUUCGGAUACAAGACCAGACAUCAGGCCAGUGGCGUCCAGGAAUAGUCACUGGGAUCCGUCCAGAACAACGCUCGUAUGAGGAUGCUGGAACCAACUGCCAUCAAGUGGGUGAUGAUAAUAGUGCUUCCAGCGAGGCUGUGGCUAACACCUAUCGUACGCGGUCAGGUAGAGCAGUCAUUCCACGAAAAGUGUUUGACAUGUGA